AUGUCCCGACGACCACCGUCGCUAGAAUCAAUAGGCUCUCGCGCCUCUGUGGGCUCUCCCAUUGACCCGAGGUUUAGGAAGAAGGUUGCCGUCGUCGGCAGUGGAUCCGCAGGUAUCGCGGCACUUUGGGCGCUCAACCGAAGCUACCAUGACGUUUAUAUGUAUGAGGCUUCAUCAAGGCUGGGUGGGCACACAAACACAGUGACUUGGAAGAACGGGAAAUACGAGACCAGCGUCGACACGGGCUUCAUCGUCCUCAAUACGGCCACAUAUCCAAACUUCAUCAACUUCUUGAAGAGAGUCAAAGUGGACACGGUACCGACCGAGAUGACAUUUGGCGUCACUCGAGACCACGGUUUGUUUGAAUGGGCCGGGAAAAGUCUGGAUUCCGUCUUUGCUCAAAGAAAAAAUAUCUUCUCGCCGCGAAUGUGGAGGAUGAUCUUUGAUAUCAUUCGUUUCAACCAGUUUGCACUAGACCUGUUGAUGGCAGACGAUGAGAAAGAUACUGCCACGAUGAACGGUUACAGCAAAGGAGCCAAGAAGGAAGAAACGAUUGGCGAGUACCUCGAAAGAGAAGGCUACUCGGAUGCCUUCAGGGACGACUACCUGAUUCCUAUGACUGCCGCCGUAUGGAGCACAAGUCCGGACAAGUGCACACUGAACUUCCCAGCUGUCACCUUGGUUCGCUUCAUGUGGAAUCAUCAUCUCUUGUCAACAGUUGCGACAAGACCGGAGUGGCUUACCUUGAAGAAGUGCAGUAAAUCGUAUAUUGAUGCUGUCAUGAGCGGAUUCCCGUCAAAUCACCUUUUCCUCAACACACAGGUCACGCAAGUCACCAGUGAGGAUGACGGCAGAGUACGAGUCCACACUCAGAACGGCAAGUCCGACGUUUACGACCAUGUUAUCUUGGCGACGCAUGGAGAUCAGGCCUUGAGAAUUAUUGAGGGAUCAGCGACGCCUGAGGAGAAGGAGAUACUUUCCGCGUUCCAAACGUCGGAGAACUCAGUCGUCCUCCACUCCGACAUCUCGCACAUGCCAGCGUCUGAGAAGGCAUGGUCCAGUUGGAAUUACCUAACCCUCUCGUCACCUUCAACCGGCAAGCAAAACAUUGACCAGGUUUCUUUGACCUACAACAUGAAUAUCAUCCAGCACAUUCCCCGCGAGACGUUCGGCGACGUUCUUGUCACGAUGAAUCCCUUGCACCAGCCGAACCCAGACACGAUUCAGGGUUCGUUCACCUACCGCCACCCUCUCUACACACCUGCCGCUAUCCGAGCACAAAAGCUUCUUCCGCGCAUCCAGAACAAGCGGGGCAUCAGUUACGCCGGGGCCUGGACAAAAUAUGGCUUCCACGAGGACGGGUUCAGCAGUGGACUACAUGCCGCACAAGACCACCUCUACGCUAAACUCCCAUUCCAAUUUGUCGACUCUACGUAUAGCCGCGGAAGGAAGCCAUCUCUGGGACUUGCCGAUUUGCUGGUGCGACUUAUCAUCCUCUUUAUUCAAGUAUUCGUUAUCAGAGUGCUGGAGCGAGCGGCGGGCGCAGCUGAGACUACAAUUUACGGGCGAAGAAAUGGGUGGAGGAGGUCAUUGAAGAGUGGCAAGGCUGCUUGA